CGAUGCUCAGUUGGUCAACUCCACCAAGCUUCAGUAUGAGACUCCACCCCUUUACGAGCAUCGGACACCUUCAGCACAACAAAGCAUGUGUCGCUCCGCAACAUUGUUUGUCCUCUGAACGUGCGGAAUAUAGGAUUUUGUCGGAUUUUGUGCUGCUUGCUUCCACAUUGAUGCUAAUCAUAGAGUAGUGGCUACCAUGACAACAGAGGCAAGUGCAGUGAGCGAGGCGGACACAGAGGGCAAGCAGAAGGCCAGUGGCGCCGAGCCCGAACACGAACCAGAGAACAAGCAGAAGCCAGAGGCUGCGGCGGCGGAGCCGGAGGGGGAGCAGUCGAGCAAGAAGGCCCAGGAGCAGUCCUCUGAGCCUGGGCCUGCCGACGUAGCUACCUCCCCUGAGGAGGAGCAGUUGAAGCCUCGUACCCGGACCUCUGCUGGCAAAGGCCUGUCUCGCCUCUUCUCCUCUUUCCUCAAACGCCGCUCACAGUGCUCCGAGGAGGGGUUUGAGGCAGAGAAAACCAGGGAGGAAACGGCAGACAAAGAAGAAAAAGCUGACAAAGCAGAAGAGGAGAAGGAGGAAGAGGUGAAAAGUGAAGAAAAGGAGGCUAAAGUAGAAGCGGAAAAAUCAGAGGUAAAAGAAGUGGAAGAGAAGGCAGAAAAAGAACAAAAAGAGGUUAAAGAGGGAGAAAAGGUUGAGAAGAGGGGCAGUAAAAAGAAAAAAAAAGAAGCCAAGAAGAAAUUAGAGAAAAAGGAUGAAGGGAAAGUGAAAAACGACGAGGAGAAAAAGGAAGAGGAAAAAGUGAAAAAUAAAGAGGAGCAAAAGGAGGAGGAGAAAGCACAGCAGACUGUAGAAAAGAAAGAGGAAAAAUUGGAGACAAAAGAAAAGAAAGAGACUGCUGAAGUUAAAGACAAAGUGGCAGAAGCUGGUAAGAAGGGUAAAGAGGAGGAAAAAGUUGACAAGAAGUUUGCAAAGAAAAAAGAAAAGGAGGAAAAGGUAAAGAAAAAGGAAGAGGAUAAAGCAAAGAGGAAAGCAGAGGAAGAAGACAGAGUUAAGAAGAGAGAAGAAGAGAAAGCAAAGAAGAAAGAGGAAGAAAAGGCAAAAGAGGCCGAAAAAUUAAAGAAGAAAGAAGAGGAAAAGACAAAGGAGGAGCAGAAAAAAAAAGACGAGAAGCCUAAAAAGAAAGAAGAGGAGAAACCAAAAGAGGAGUCAAAAAAGAAAGAGGACAAGGCGAAAGAAGAGGUAAAGAAAAUAGAGGAGGAGGAGGAAAAGACAGAAGAAAAGCAAAAGAAGGAAGAGGAAAAAGGGAAGAAAAAAGAGAAGGGGAAGAACAAAGGGAAGAAGGAGGAGAAAGGGCAGAGUGAGGAGCAGGUGAAAGCACCAAUUGCAGCUCCAGAGCCUGAGCUUAAAACUGAGCCAGACACUGAGCAGGCUCCUGAUCAGCACUCGAUAAGCAGCGCAGAGACACAGCAGGCUCAAGAGGAACACAAGGAAGAAGCUGCGAUAAAGAAGGAGCCCGAAGUUGUGGAAGAAGUGAAGGAGGACACAGACAAAAAAGAGGAAGAACCAGCAGAACAGGAGAAAGAAGCCAAAGGAGAGGAGAAAGUAAAGGAGAAGGCAAAGAAGGAGGAGGUGACGAAAGUGGAGGCGAAGAAGGAGAAGCCUGUAAAAGAAAAGAAGACAGAGAAGAAGGCAGAAGAGGCUAAAGGCUCCAAACGUCAGAAAACCAUGCAAUGCAAAGUCACCUUACUGGACGACACUCAGUUUGAGUGUGAGCUUGAUAAACAUGCUAAAGUCCAAGAACUUCUAACAAAGGUGUGCGACCACGUCAACCUGCUGGAGAGAGAUUACUUUGGCCUCUGUACCUGGGAAACCCCAAACAGCAAGACAUGGUUGGAAUCCACCAAAGAGAUCAGGAAACAGGUUUCAGGUGCUGUGUAUGAGUUUACGUUCGGUGUAAAGUUCUAUCCUCCUGAUCCAGCACAGCUAACUGAAGACCUCACCAGGUACUUUCUGUGUCUCCAGCUGAGGAAGGACAUUAUGUGUGGUGUUCUUCCCUGUUCCUUUGUCACACUGUCCAUGCUGGGCUCCUACACAGCCCAGUCAGAGCUGGGAGAGUAUGACCCAGAGCUCCAUGGACCAGAUUAUGUUAAGGAGCUGAGCCUGGCCCCAGGACAGAGCAAAGAGCUGGAGGAAAAGGUGAUGGAGCUGCACCGCACAUACAGGGCUAUGAGUCCAGCCCAGGCAGACAUAUUGUUUCUGGAAAAUGCCAAGAAACUUGCCAUGUAUGGAGUUGACCUGCACCAAGCUAAGGAUCUUGAUGGUGUCGACAUUAUGCUGGGGGUUUGCUCUAGUGGUCUGAUGGUUUACAAGGACAAGCUGAGGAUCAACCGUUUCCCUUGGCCGAAAGUGCUCAAGAUCUCUUACAAACGCAGCAGCUUCUUUAUCAAAAUUAGGCCAUCAGAGCAAGAGCAGUAUGAAAGCACAAUUGGCUUUAAACUGCCCAACUACAAAGCUUCCAAGAAGCUGUGGAAAGUUUGCGUUGAACACCAUACCUUCUUCAGAGUUCCAACAGUAGAGCCCCCCUCAUCACGUCGCUUCCUCGUCUUGGGCUCUAAGUUCCGGUACAGCGGGCGUACUCAGGCCCAGACCCGCCAGGCCAGCUCCAUGAUUGACCGCCCAGCCCCUCGCUUCACACGCUCUGCGAGCAAGAGGCUGUCCCGUAAUCUAGAUGGAGCUGGAGAUGAAACUCUCCAGUUCCUGCAGCAACUCUCAGCAUCAACCAGGUCUGAGGUUGAUGAUUGGUUGCUGAUGCUGACAUCUGACAAACCCCAGCCUUCUCCUGAAUUCCCAGCCAGAGGGGAGUCUGAGCAGACAUUCAUUCGGCCCUGGGAGGAAGGGCAGUCUGUUCAUACAGUCACAGUAAAAUGGCAGGACACUGAGACUGAGCAGACUGGCUCUCAAACCACCACCCAGACAGUCAGUCAGCCGUGGCAGGAGCUGGCAUCGGAUAAGCAAUGGCAGAGGAGAAAGGCGGACGAGUGGUCUGCCCUUUUCAAUCGUCUCCCUCCUUUUCCCUUUGUCCCACCUUUUGAUUCUGUGAAAGAGCCAGCUAAGCUCAGCUUGGCAAAAAUUAGCUCUAUGGACCGGCUAUUGCAACCAGCACUGACACAGCAAGAUGAUUGGUUCCUUUACUUUGACCGAAUCUUCCAACUAUCCUCGCUUCAGCGUGUUGACAAACCAUUCCUCCCAGUCUCUCCCCAAGCUCAGUUCCAGGUCCAGGAGGAGGAUGAGCAGGGCAUGUGUGUGGCAGAGCAGGAACUGACCAGUGAGGAGGACAUUGACAGGCAGCAGGAAACUGUGACCUUGGUCCACAAGCUGAGAGUGGUGGAUGUUUUGGAAAGGAGGCUGAGGGAAGUUAGGGAUUUAGAGGAAAGGCUCCAGGAAAUGGAUGAGACAGCAGAGCUACUUCAGGAAGUAAUAGAAGAGGAAUUGGGUAAGGAAGAGGUAGAUAAGUUGAGACAGGAAAAGGAUGAUAUGGAGCAGAAAGAAAGAAAACAAUUUGAAGAUUUAACAGAAACAUUCUUGAGAAAGUCUGUGAGGACGAUAGACAUAAAAGAGGAUGAAAUGGAUGAAUUGGAAGAGCAAAUAAAACAGGUGUUUUUAAAAGGCUUGGUACCUGAAGAGGAAGACACCGAGGUGAAGCAGCAAAGUGAAAAGGAGGUGACAGAUAAGAGUCUGUCAGAUGAUGGCUUGAGAGAGAAGCUACGCCAGCUAGAAAGGGAAUGGAAAGAUGAGGUGGAGGAGAAGUUGAAGUCUGGAUCUUCAGAUGUCUCGAGUACCACUUCUGUAGUAGCAUACCAGAAAGUGGAGCGUAGGACUAAGAAGAGAGUGACUAUUGUAGAAGAGAGAGGGCAGAAGCAGAACGGAAUAGAAAAGGUUCAGGUACAGCGUAAUGAAAUGUCAGAGGAGAGUCUAGAUAAAGAUGGGACAUUGUGUAAGACAGAAAUGCUGGAGGAGAUAACUGAGAGAGAAGUCACAGAGAGGCUUCAGGCUGAGGAUCAAUCUCAGGUGGCAGAUAAGGACAUCUGGUUCAUACUUUUUGACCGCCCUCCAUGCAGAGCUGUUUUUAAACCACCAGUUACCACCGUGGAACGUACUCAGGUGGAUGAAGGCGAGUAUUUCACCUCACAGACUGAGAUUACAACAGUUGAGGAGAAAACAGAGAUUAUAGUAGAAGCGAGACAAACAAGAGAAGAGGAAAUAUGGCGCAUACCAGAGAUCCCACCACCACAGACCAUCACAGAAAGAGAUGAUGACUGGUUUGUGUUGCUGGAUGCUGUUCCCAGAGAAACGUCUUAUGUACCACCAGUUACCUUGAAGGGAAGAGACCAAAUGGGUGCAGAAAGGUUUGUCUCUGUCUCUGAGGAGGAGAUUAGAGAAGUAGUGUCUGAAGAGAGAAAGAUAAUAGAAGAGGCGCCAAGACAUCUACAAGAAAUCCCACAACAGCCAGUGACCAACAGAGAUGAUGACUGGUUUGUGUUGCUGGAUGUUGUUCCCAGAAAAAGGCCAUAUGUACCCCCAGUUACCUUGACGGGAAGAGACCAGAUGGGUCCAGAAAGUUUUGUCUCUGGGGCUCUAGCUGCAGCCGAGGAGGAGAUUAAAGAAGUAGUAGCUAUAGAAGAGUCACCGAGACAUCUACAAGAAAUCCCACAUCAGCCAUUGACCGACAGAGAUGAUGACUGGUUUGUUUUACUGGAUGUUGUUCCCAGAGAACCAUCAUAUGUACCACCAGUUGCUGUUGCAGAGUGUGUUAAAGUGUCCCCAGAAGAACGUGUCUCUCUGGUUGAAAUAACAACCAUUGAGUGGAGGGAAAAAAGAGUGGAGAUUAUGGCAGAAGACACAGAAAUAAAAGUGCUGAGUGAAAAGCAAGUAGUAGCACUGCCACAGGCUGUGAGAGAGAUAGAAGAUGAUUGGUUUGUGCUGCUGGAUGUUCCCACCAGAGAACCAUCGUAUGUGCCACCAGUUACCAUGGUCGAGUAUGUUCAGGUUUAUCCUGAAGAAAGCGUUUCUACUGUGGCUGAAACGAUAACAGUAGAGUCGAGGAAGGAGGCUGUAGUUAAAGAGACUGUGGUGCAAAAAGAGGACAGAGGACAGCAGAAAGUAUCCCAGCCAGUCAGAGAAAGAGAUGAUGACUGGUUUCUUCUGCUGGAUGUUGUUCCCAGAGAAACGUCCUAUGUACCUCCAGUUUCUCUGGCAGUACCGAGCCAGAUUCAUCCAAGUGUUCAACCUCAACGAAUUGAAGUGAUAAGCAUAGAGCAAAAGCUGGAGCAUGUUGAUCUUAAACCGAUAAGACUGCAGGAUCAGCAUCUGUCUGAAAUUAGAACCGGCAAAAUUGCAUUGUCGUCAGAGAGAGAAGGAGGAGAUGAUUGGUUUGCCCUGUUUGACAUCAUCCGCGAAAAGCCUGUUUUCAUACCGCCAGUUGCUGUGGUUGAGCGUAUUGUGGAUGUGGUGGCAGUCACUGAACCGAAACCCAAAUUCAUCAUGGAAGAUGUGAGGCCCCCUGUGAAGUUGGUGGAGAUGAAACCGUCACAUCCGAGACCGGUGGAUGACGACUGGUUUGUUCAGCUAAAUGUUGCAGCAAAAGUACCAGCGGCUGUGGAGGAACGUAUCCGUACGCAUCCUGAAGUAAGACCAGCUAAAGAGUUUGCAGCCGUAGAGCAGAGAGCAUGGCAGAGAAUUACUAUAGUGGAGGAUAUGUGGCAGCAGGCGAAGGCGGUACAGCAGAAACCACGUCCAGCAGUGAGAGAGGUGGAAGAUAAUUGGUUUAUUCUUCUGGAUGUGGCCACUAAGAAAUCAGUCGCUGUCCCUGAGCGCAUCCACUUCCCAGCAGAGGUGAAAGUUCCAACUGCUGUGGCCAAAACAAGGAUUUCUGAGAGGAGACCACAGUUUGAGAAACGGAUCCUGGAAGAAAGACGUCCACUCACACAAACCCAUGUCAACGAUGAUUGGUUUGUUCUGCUAGAUGUUGGCCUCAAAGAGUCAGUGGUGAUUCCACAGAGGGGCACCCGUCCUGUCAGCGCUCCAGUCUUCUCCCAGGCUGCUCUGGCUGAGGCAGGGAUCCCCAUGGACCUCCUCAAUCAGCCCCAGACCUCCACUCCAAUCAGGACCAGCCGGCAGGAGGAAAGAAAGCUGGAGGUCACUGUAGAAGCUGUGGAGCCUUCAAAAAUCGAGACUGUGGCUGAGGUUAAGCCAGCAGCGUGGAGGGACCAGAGAGAAGUAGACUCUUCCCUGAUAACCACCAUCAAUGGGGACAUUCAGCACAAGUCUGAGGUGACGAGCACGGAGGUGGUGCGAAUGCGAAAGAAAAGAGCUAAGAAAAUUGAGGGUGACUCAAUUUAUAUGAGACAUAGCCUUUUAAUGUUGGAGGAGUUCGAUAAGCCUCAGGAGGACCUGCUCCGGCACCAUGCCAGCAUCAGUGAGCUGAAGAGGAACUUCAUGGAAGCCGCCCCAGAGACCAGGCCCAGUGAGUGGGACAAGCGCCUGUCCACACACUCUCCGUUCCGUACCCUGGGUAUCAAUGGUCAGCCUCUGCCCAGUGCAGAUGGGAGCAUUAGCUUCCUUUGCAAUGGUUCAGAGACAAAGACUACACAUGAGGAAACCAGCCGCAAUUUGGGCUUUUCAGGCAUACCAAGGCCUACUGUAAGCCACAAGAGUGCAUCUGAUGGUGUUGAAGCCCACGGUGCUCCAGUUGAGGAGGAGUCAUGUGAUCAGGGAGUGGUUGUAGUUUUUGAGACCUCCUUGGUGCCCAUCCUAGAGGUGGAGAUGGCGCAGCUGCCUCCCUCCCUCGACCCAUGCUGUAAAGCUUUAGAUGGGAUGCUGGAGGAAGAAGGAUCGUGUACCGAAGUGUCGGAGUGCUCUGGAAAGAUAGCUGGAUCUUCCCCGGCUUCCUAUUUCAGGGGCGAUGGUCCACAGGUCGUACGCUGCUUCCAGCCCCCUCUGGUGCAGACCCAGACAGUCACCAUCACAGCUGUCUCCAACUCCUUACCCAGUGGCAUCUCCACCACAGAGGUCCCUAUCGUCCCGACCAAGAGCAUCAUCUAUGAGUCUUCAAAGGUGGCAGUAGAUGGGACGGACGAGGAUAAGGAUGACACAACUGUGUCCAGCUCCAAGACCGUUACCUCUGAGACUACCACUGGCACCACGGUCACCACCACUACCACUCACAUCUCAAAGGUAGUAAAAGUCGGAUCUUCGGAGACUCGCAUGGAGAAGAGAAUCGUCAUCACUGCUGACUCCGACAUCGACCAAGCUGAGGAGAAAGACGGCGGAGCAUCAGCAUUGUAACUGAAUCACCACCUGCAUUUAUUCCUUUGACUCUCCACCUCCGACACACACUGACUGCGCACGCAUAUCCAAAAAGACAUAUUUCAUGAAUCUGCCCCAUUGUGGAUAACUAAGUAGAUAAAUCUUAGCAGAUCCUCGUUGUUUUCUUUCUCAGUUGUAGGUAGAGGAGGGCUGCACAGUGCUCGAGGUUGAUCAAAUGCUCAUCUCAUCCAGGUGGUAAUAAAAGCUUAGUGGACACGCUUUUAUUGGUAAAAAAAAAUCAUUUUCAGUUGAGUGGUGUCAGUUAUGUUUGCUUUUAAAUGCUUUUAUUUUCCUAGUGGUUUUUACAUUGUUGACUUUAUACAAAUGCACUGUUUCCAUUCUAGCUUAGACACCAUUAUCAGCAUUUAUUCCCUCGGUGCCGCUUAGGGGAACGCUAAGUCUACAUUCAAGGGAAUACUUUUUGUUGUUGUUUACUUGUCUGUUUAAUUCAGGAGAGACAUUCUUUUUUUUAAUGAAAUGACAUACCUCACAUCAAUAUGUGAACAAAGAUAUGCUGUGCUCAAAUUUGUUGUUUGGCUUCGUUCACUGCUCAGGUACAAAAACAUAACUUAAAAAUCCCUUCUUCCCUAACCAGCCAAGAACCAGUAGCCUACACAUUAUUGUAAAGUUUUAAUUAAAAAUGGAUCUAUUUUGAAAUAUUCCUCUAUUUUAUAGACUUAAUGCUUUUAUAGUAUUUGUACAAAUUUGAGGUUUUUAAGUUAUUCAUCCAUCCGCUCUUUAAAUUGUAGGUUACCAUUGUGCUGUUUACUGAAUUUUGAGGUCUCUACUUAAGAUUUGCUUACUCGUCUUGCCUGACACCCAGAAUCAUUCUUAUUUGUUUCGUCUUGUAGUCCAACAAGUUUAUCAAACCUUUGACAAUGGAGUGCUUCCCUCAGCCCUAUAUUUUGUUCAGUAGCGUAGAUGUCAUUAUUGCUUUGAAAAUUCAUGGUUGAUAAGAAAAGUUUUACAAGCUUUGGUCUGUUUAUCUCAGGUUUGAUAUUCUUUGUAGGACUACUACAGACCUCCCUAUGAUUGUAUGAGGAAUGUCCAUAUAUGUAUAUCCAUCCCUACUUUAAAGGGUGAGGUCAAUAAUAAUGAAGCUUGUCUGUCACGGUAACCACACAUGUAAGAGCUGAAGGCAGCUGUCCCAGUAUAUGUGGCUUUUCUCUCAUAGGAGCACAAGUUGUCUUUUUUUACAUGUUCUACUAUACAGUAAUUUAUUUGUAUUGUAAAUCUUGUGUGAUUUGAUGUACUAUGUUUAAACACAAGCUGGUUUCCAGGCUUCCACUAGAGAUGUCACAAUGUUAAAUAUUGCAUUAAUUAUCAACCAAGUUUGUAAAGCCUUUUUACCACAUAGAAGUAGAUUGCUCUCUCACUUGCUGUGUCCUGUGCUUUUCCAUAGAAGAGAAAAUGCUUAAAAUAUAUGAAUCCCUUUUUAGAUGGCAUGUUUGUUAGAAAAGCCAUUGGUAUUGUAGCUACAGGGACAACAACCGAUACCUCUCCUGGAAGAAAAAUGUAGAAUUUCACAUGAGAAAAUAGUUUUUAGACAAUGGAAAAUAUUCUUGCUUUGUGACUUAUCCCUGUCUUUUAAUUAAAAAAAAAAUAAAAGAAUGCAUUAUUUUGCA